AUGGGACCUUUCACAGCUUUCCGGGUUUAUACAGUCAUUCUACUCGCUUAUGGCAUACUUGGUCAAGUGACUCCACCUCUACCAACUACAGAGGCUCUUGGAGAUGAUGUAUCAUUGACAUGUACCUCUACAGAGAGCAACCCAACAUUCAUAUGGACUUUUACAUCAGAUGAUGUUCUAUCACAGACACUAUUCUUGGGGGAUAUAGAUACUGCAGGUCCAAUCAGAUACAAUAACAUAGUGUUACGUGAUAGUGCUAAUGUUCAGACAUCAAUAUUAGGUAUUAAUGCUAUUGAGCUUGAAGAGGAAGGGGAGUAUCAGUGUAGUACUGCAGCAGCAAUAACAACACCUCCAACCACAGCGGUGACUGUGGAAGUGGGAUCAGCUUCACAACCAAUAUCUUUGGACAGCCCUCCUGAUUACACCGAAUACAUAGCAACAUGCAAUGCCAUUGGAAGCAAACCAGGAGAGACUAUUACAUGGAUUUUAGAUGAUGUUAUUCAGACUGAUGGUAUAGUGCCAACAGGCCCAACUGAGAGAGGUGAUUCUCUGUUUGAUACAACGAGUGUGUUCACAUUUCCAGCAACUGUUGACAAUUACAAAGUGACAUUGGAGUGUGUCAUUGGUGGUCAUCAAGUAGACAAGUUGAACAGAAACGAAACAAGAUUGGUUGAUAUUCAUAAUCCACCAAAAGCUGAAGGCAUUACCAUUGGGUUAAACAAUGUUGGAACAGACCUCAAAGUAACAUGUAUCAUUAAUAAUGCCGUAGAUGCAACUAUACCACCCAUGGGAUCAUUCUACAUAUAUUCUAAUGGAACCCUUGUCACCAAACCAGUGUCAGCUAACAGUGUCACUGUCCCAGAACCUGAUUAUGAUACAGAAUAUAUGUGUGUAGGAGGAAACUAUCUGGGAAAUACUUCAACAACAGAAAUAUUUUGUCCACGCAGAGCUACCGUCACUCCAUCAACUACAGAGGAAUUUCAUCCCAGCCGUAGUACUACAGGAUCAGAAAUAGAAACCACACCCGAGCCUACACCAUGCCCAUGUGCACCGUCUGGUUUGAGUUCUGGAGCUUCUGCAGGAAUAUCUAUCUUAGCCAUCCUUCUAGUAGCUUCUAUUACCAUCAACAUUGUACAGUUCAAUAUUCUGAGGAGAAAAACCAAACAAGACGUUGAUGAUUCAACGAAGAAUAAUAAAAGAGAUGAAUUAAAUAUACCACAGGAGGUGAACGACAAUGUGGCUUAUGAGAUGAUUCAAAGCGGUGAUAGAGCAUACACAGCAUUACAACUCGAUUCAUCCCACUCCUUCGCCAUUCGCCGUGAAAACGUGACCUUCUUCACUAGACUUGGCUCAAUUGGACGGGGUGACUUCGGCGAGGUAUGGAAAGGAGACCUCCGCUCAAAACAAAAACAUCUCGAUGUUGUUAUCAGGCAAAUUCCAGAUCGCGUGACAAAAUCAGGACAAGUACUUCAAGGCAUCAAGAUACUUUAUAAGCUAUCGGAUCAAACAAAUAUUGUCAAAUGUCUCGGAUAUUGCAGUGAACAGGGCAGUAUUCUCUAUGAGUUCAUCUCAGGGGGUACACUCCUUACCCAUCUACAGACUUCAGGGGUGCAAUCUCAACCCAUGUACAGCAAUCUCAAACCAAACGAUGUUCGUAUUGAUGAGGGUACACUACUUAACUUGGCUUGGCAGGUUGCUAAAGGAAUGCAGUUCCUUGCAUCUAAGAAGAUAAUCCAUGGAUCUCUCUGCGCUCACAAUGUGUUACUUGGAGAGAGAAAGCAAUGUAAGAUAUCAGACUAUGGACUUUCUUCAUCGUUCUUUGGUGACGUAGCUAAACCAACCAGAUGGAGUUCACCAGAAACCAUGGCAACGGGUGACAAAACAACAGAAGGAGACAUUUGGUCUUUUGGUAUCGUCUUGUGGGAAAUUGUGACACUGGGUGCAAGGCCAUACCCAAAUAUGACAUUCAGCACGGUUCAGACGGAGGUUGCUAAAGGUUACCAGAUGCCAUGCCCUCGUCACUGUGCACAAGAAGUGUAUGUGGUUAUGACUGGUUGCUGGGACAAGGAACCCCCAAAUCGAAGUAACUUUGAUCACAUCCUGAGGAGUAUGGACAGCAUUUUAGAAAAGAAACACGGUUACUUGUCUUUGAAUAACCUGGAUGAAAGGUUGUAUGCUUCUACUCUAGAUAUGUGAUGCCAAUAGCAUAAAACAAUGCCUCACAAUUUGUGUUUUACAUGGAAGGUCAAUGCAUACGUAUUAGAUUUAAGUAUAACAAAAUCACGCAUUUCAUUCUUCUCUCAAUACCAUUGGACCCUUGAUUUGAUCAAGAUUGAAUUUGUUGUUUAAUUUCUUUUAAAAAUAUAUAAUGCUAUGUAGUGGUGUAUUUAGUAUCAGAAUGCAUGAAAACAUAGUUUAAUUUUCCUAGUAGUGUUUUGGUCUUUCCUGGCGUUUAGUGUACUUUCCUAGUGUUUUGGGUUUUUUUUUUUUUAACCCCCACCGAGGCCAAUUCCAGGGUCCCAUAGCACAAAGAUUAGGAAUCAAUUGUACUUUUUUUACACUUGAUUGUACAUUGUAGUCAAUGCAAUCAAUAGUUCAACAAAUUAUACGAUGAUUGCUAAGCUUUGUGUUUCAGGCCCCUGAUUGAAUAAGCCUGUUCGUAGUUCCUUUCUGCGCAUGAUCGAAAGAUUGUAUGCAUGAUCAGAAGAAGGUCAAUACUAAAGUG